AUGUCUCCCAACCAUCCCGAUUCAGACUCCACAUUCUCUGCCCUUGAUGAGCACAAGUAUCGCACCGGAGUCGCGAGAUCUGUUGUGGUCGACCAGGAGAAGAUGACGCCCUUCCAUCUCAGCGCGUUGGGAACAGGGCCUCUCGUCGUGAGCUUGGCAAUCCGCCAGACCGCCGAUGACGACAGCGACGGCAGUAGCUUUCUCAUUGGCAUUGACUUCAUCAAAGUGCCCAAUAGUCAACAGGAGGCGGCCCAGGAGAUGAUGCAACUGGCGAUCGACCAGUGCCCAAAGAGCAGUUCUGAGCUCGAGGACUUCCUCCAAGACACUCACACCGCCGCAACAUUCAAGGAUCUCAUCGAGGCCGGGUAUGAGGAUGAUUUGACGGGCCUCCAAGCAGAUGAGCGGCCUACAUGGACUCUCUCUGACGGUCAAUCUGCCGCCACCUCCAAGGCCUGCCAGGUUGGCGCUGCAGACAGUGUGGCUCUCCUUGCCUGGUGUCGUGCGAGAGGAGCGGCUUUCACAUGGGAUGAGUCCGUGCUGAGCUUGGGGACAGACGAGGACGAUCCUUCGGCCAGUCGGGAAUUCCGAGUCAGAGUUCCCUGCCCUAUGAGUGCGUUGGUGCAGUCGAUGAAGGGCACGUUGUUGGUGGUGCAUGAGGGCGGAGCGGAAGCCGGCGCCACGGAUGACAAUGUUGCAGUCAAGGAAGAGGUCUCCGCAUGA